AUGAUUGGACUGGACUCUGUAAUAUUCAGCUCUGAUACUUUGAUACUCACUAUAACACUCAAUGAUCCUGUGUACUCUGACCUGAUACUCCAGUGUACUAUAUGACAUUGAGAUACUCUCUAAAUCGCUUAUACUCAAUGAUACUGUAUUCGAUACUCGGUGAUACACCAAGGCACUCAAUUAUAUAUUUGAAAGAUAUUGAAUGAUAUUCCAUGUUACUCAAUUAUUACUGUACGACACUCAACUGUACUCAAUGAUACUGUACGGUGCUCUGUGAUGCAUUACUGUAUGUGGACUCUCCUAGGUGACUAGACCCUCCCCUCUCUUGAUAUCUAUCAGGCUAUUAACAUGUUCUGUGUUGUCAUAAUGAUUGGUCCCUGCAGAUCCAGGAGCGCUCAGCCUCGUUGGAGACCUGUCCAUGGUGUGCUGCUAAGGGACAGACUCGGGCCCUGCGUUCCUACAGGAUCAACGUCCAGGAAUUCGUCACCCUCUGCACUGACCCACAGGUAGGGUAAUGUUAACACACGUGUGUAUAUACACACACACAAUAAGCGCAACAUCAACAAAAACAGUGGGUAUUUCACAAAGCGGGAUCAAUGAGGUGAGGAUCAAAGAAGCUUUAGUAGUUUCUUAAAGAAACAUGAUUUCAGCGUCUUGUCCUGUGACUGGGUGGGCUUUGUUGUCCGGCAGAGUGGCAGUAUUAGGAGAGACUCAAGGCAUGUCUGAUUUCUGUGUUACUGUUGGUAGUAAAUGCAGUCAGACACUGUGCUGAAGUAUCCUUUCGCUGUCCUACUUUGUAGAAGGUGAGCGUUGUCCUGUAGCGUUGUCCUGGGCAUCACCUUCAAAGAAAGACUGAAUACAAGUACUAGGUUGAAGAAACAAUAUGAAGUCAAUGUGAAGUUUCAACUUCCCAGACAGUUACCAUAAUAAUAAUUUAUUUGUUCAGCUCCGGUUCUUGCCAGGUCGUAAAUAAGAAUUUGUUCUUAAUUGACUAGCCUUGUUUAAAUAAACCAAUACAUCUAAAUAAUCUCUGCCCCUCUCCCCCACAGUGCCUGUUUCCCUUGGUCUCCAGGCCUUUGGAGGAUGUCCUGGCCAGCCUCGUACCCCCUCUAGCCCAACCACAGACGGGGAGCAAGAGGAAGAGCCCCUGCGGGUUGGAGAAUGGACACCCUGUACCUUCCCGCAAACGUGCACAAUCAGAGGAGGCCGUAUCACAGAAUGGGAUUCACCCAGUCAUCAGGAUCACCACCACCAAACUCAAUGGGGAAGACUGCUCUAAUAGGACGAAGCACACAACGCCAGUACAGAAGGAGAUAAUCAGCCAAUCAGAACCCACAGACAUGGAGGAGGUGGAUAGAACCCUCAACUAUCCACUUCCUGAGAGGGGAGGGGCCAAUGGAUACCACAAGGAUUCCGAUUGGCCGAUCCCAGAGGAAAUGGACCAGAAAGUACUAGAAGAGGGAGAAGAUAGUGUCUUUCUCCCAGAGGAGGGUACACCUACCUUAGACAAGGGUUUGCCUCUCCCAGAGAAGACUGUACCUACGGAUGUUAAGGUUAUCUGUCCCUUAGCGGAGGCUGUAUUUGCCCUAGAGAAGACUUUAUCUGUCCCUCAGGUAGCCGUUUCAACCCCAGAGAAGAUUUCACCUCCCUUACACGUGGCUGUUUCUGCCUCAAAGAAGGAUGUGGCUGCCCCAGAGAAAGCCUUGGCUCCACGGGUAACUGCCCCAGAGAAAGCCUUGGCUCCACGGGUAACUGCCCCAGAGAAAGCCUUGGCUCCACGGGUAACUGCCCCAGAGAAAGCCUUGACUCCACGGGUAACUGCCCCAGAGAAAGCCUUGACUCCACGGGUAACUGCCCCAGAGAAAGCCUUGGCUCCACGGGUAACUGCCCCUACUUUACAUGACACAGUCUCUCUCCUAGAGGCUCUGACUGCCCCAGGGGAAGCUACACCAGCACAUCAGAAGGUUAACCCUCCCUUACAAAGGACUGUGUCUGCACCAGAGAAGGUUGUGUCUGCUCCAGAGAAGGUUGUGUCUGCUCCAGAGAAGGUUGUGUCUGCUCCAGUCAUGUCUGUGUCUGCACCAGAGAAGGUUGUGUCUGCUCCAGAGAAGGUUGUGUCUGCUCCAGAGAAGGUUGUGUCUGCACCAGAGAAGGUUGUGUCUGCACCAGAGAAGGUUGUGUCUGCUCCAGAGAAGGUUGUGUCUGCUCCAGAGAAGGUUGUGUCUGCACCAGAGAAGGUUGUGUCUGCUCCAGAGAAGGUUGUGUCUGCUCCAGAGAAGGUUGUGUCUGCUCCAGAGAAGGUUGUGUCUGCACCAGAGAAGGUUGUGUCUGCACCAGAGAAGGUUGUGUCUGCUCCAGUCAUGUCUGUGUCUGCACCAGAGAAGGUUGUGUCUGCUCCAGAGAAGGUUGUGUCUGCUCCAGAGAAGGUUGUGUCUGCACCAGAGAAGGUUGUGUCUGCUCCAGAGAAGGUUGUGUCUGCUCCAGUCAUGUCUGUGUCUGCACCAGAGAAGGUUGUGUCUGCUCCAGAGAAGGUUGUGUCUGCACCAGAGAAGGUUGUGUCUGCUCCAGAGAAGGUUGUGUCUGCUCCAGAGAAGGUUGUGUCUGCUCCAGUCAUGUCUGUGUCUGCCUUGCAGGAGGCUGUGUCUCUGCUAGAGGAGACUCUACCUGCCCCAGGGGAGGCUGUCCCUACCAUGGAGGCUGUCCUGGUCUUGCAGGAGGCUCUAACUGUCUUAGAAGAGGCUUCACCUGGCAUGAAGGAUGGUCUAAGUGUCUUACAGAAAGUUGAGAAGGAAGAGGAGGGUCUAAUCGCCUUGGAGAAGGAGGAAGAAGUCGCUGCACUUGUGUCCUCGGAGGCUGUUCCUCUACCUGCCAUGGUUGGGCUUGUCCCUGCUUUAGAGGAAGAUGAGUACGGAGAGGAGGAUCUGCCUGUCUUUGACGAGGAAGAGAAGAUUGAGGAGGAAGAGUGCCCCCCAGAGGGGGUGUGUAGACCCUGCAGUGUGGAAGAGUGCCCCCCAGAGGGGUUGUGUAGACCCUGCAGUGUGGACCUCAGUCAGAGCAAAGUACCUGAUGAAGGUCAUGUUGCGAGUGAUGAAGAUGAUUGUCCUAUCAGACCUAGAAGAAGAGCUCAGAACGCCCGGCAACUAAGCAGCGAGGACGAGGAACAGGAAGGAAGCGUCAAAGAGGAAGUCCUGACACCGCCACCGAAAAAGAAAAGGGGCCGGCCGAGAAAGACUCCUACUAUUAAAUACACGCAGGAAGUGUUGCCCGACUUUGACCCGGAAGUGAUCUCGACGGGGGAGUUGGUCCCAGUUCCCGGGCCUCACCUGUUCUGGAGGAACGAGAACAGUCUGUGUUGGCUGGACACGUUGCUGGUAGCGCUGGUCCACUGUCGCACCCUGAGGGACAGACGACCCACCAAGAGGCCCGCCGUAGGUCAACCUGUCUGGGACCUGUGUGAGAGAUACGACCGGGCCUGUGGUCUCAUCACAGCCCACCAACACAAUGGCGCAGGUGGGUGGACAUAUCUAUUUAGUAAGGUUUAGGUUAAUUGAUGUACAACGUUGACAGCCGAGAGCUGAAGAUCUAUUCGGAAUGAGUGUAUUAGCACACUCUCUGGCUCUGUGGCAGUACGGCUGCCUUCAGCACGAUCUCUUGUGUAUUCCUCUCAAUUUGGCAUUGGACAGCAUUUGCCACUUUCCGGAGAAGUCAUAAACAAGUGUUUUUUUGUGCUACAAGAAUGUUUACACCUCCCUCAUCUCUCUCCAGACGGUGUGGUCAGAGUGCCCUCUGCGGUGUUACAGAGGGUCCGGACUGAGAUGCAGACCGUCAGGAUGUCCGUCUUUAAACUGCUGGAGCCCCUACUGAAAUGUAAACAGGGUAAGAACCUACGUGCGUACGUUUUUUAAGAAUGGUUGGCCCCCCGGGGAAUCAAACCCACAACCCUGACGUUUGCGAGCGCCUUGCUCUACCAACUGAGACGUACAGGACCACAGCGUUUUCCCUCUAUUGAUAUCUUACGGAGGUUGAACGUUUGACACUUUUCGCUGAUAUUUGCAGUUUUUUUAAAAUCUCAAAAUAGGUCAUCCACGUGAAAAAAACUUUGCGGGGGGGGUGUUGGGUCUAACAAUAAAGUACGUAGAGUGUAUAAAGGAGAGCCGUGAACAGAUCUUCUCCCUGGGGGGGUGUAUAAAGGAGAGCCGUGAACAGAUCUUCUCCCUGGGGGGGUGUAUAAAGGAGAGCCGUGAACAGAUCCUCUCCCUGUGUAAUCACUACCUUCUCUCUCGUAAUUAAUGACUGAGCACAGAAGGCAUCCCUACGCGUCCUACGAACAGAAUAUCAGAGUGAUGUCAGAUGCACUACGGUUCAAACGUUUGGGGUCACUUAGAAAUGUCCUUGUUUUCGAAAGAAAAGCUAUUUUUUUUGUCCAUUUAAAAUAACAUCAAAUUGAUCAGAAAUACAGUGUAGACAUAGUUAAUGUUGUAAAUGGCUAUUGUAGCUGGAAACGGCUGAUUUUUUAUGGAAUAUCUACAUAGGCGUACAGAGGCCCCUUAUCAGUCCUGUGUUCCAAUGGCAUGUUGUGUUUGCUAAUCCAAGUUUAUCAUUUAAAAAAACUAAUUGAUCAUUAGAAAACCCUUUUGCAAUUAUGUUAGCACAGCUGAAAACUGUUGUGCUGAUUAAAGAAGACAUUAAACUGGCCUUCUUGAGACUAGUUGAGUAUCUGGAGCAUCAGGAAUUGUGGGUUCGAUUACAGGUUCAAAAUGGCCAGAAACAAAUAACUUUCUUCUGAAACUCAUCAGUCUAUUCUUGUUCUGAGAAAUGAAGGCUGUUCCAUGUGAGAAAUUGCCAAGAAACUGAAGAUCUCGUACAGCGCUGUGUACUACUCCCUUCACAGAACAGCACAAACUGGCUCUAACCAGAAUAGAAAGAGGAGUGGGAGGCCCCGGUGCACAACUGAGCAAGAGGACAAAUACAUUAGUGUCUAGUUUGAGAAACAGACGCCUCACAGGUCCUCAACUGGCAGCUUCAUUAAAUAUUACCCGCAAAACACCAGUCUCAACGUCAACAGUGAAGAGGCGACUCCGGGAUGCUGACCUUCUAGGCAGAGUUGCAAAGAAAAAGCCAUAUCUCAGACUGGCCAAUAAAAAGAAAAUAUUAAGAUGGACAAAAGAACACAGACACUGGACAGAGGAAGAUUGGGAAAAGAAUGUUAUGGACAGACGAAUCGAAGUUUGAGGUGUUCAGAUCACAAAGAAGAACAUAUGUCCCAAAGCACAGCUCCAAACUAUGCAAUAACUAUUUAGGGAAGAAGCAGUCAGCUGGUAUUCUGUCUAUAAUGGAGUGGCCAGCACAGUCACUGGAUCUCAACCCUAUUGAGCUGUUGUGGGAGCAGCUUGACCGUAUGGUACGUAAGAAGUACCCAUCAAGCCAAUCCAAGUUGUGGGAGGUGCUUCAGGAAGCAUGGGGUGAAAUCUCUUCAGAUUACCUCAACAAAUGUACAAUUAGAAUGCCAAAGGUCUGCAAGGCUGUAAUUGCUGCAAAUGGAGGAUUCUUUGACGAAAACAAAGUUUGAAGGACACAAUUAUUAUUUAUAUUUAAAAUCAUUAUUCCUAACCUCGUCAAUGAUUACAUUUCCUAUGCAUUUUACUAUAUUUUCUAUUCAAACUCAUUUCAUGUAUGUUUUCAUGGAAAACAACCUGACAGAUAAAGAUCAGUUGGCUACUCACUAGCACGUGGGCUUGUGCUUGAGAGAUCGUUUAUGAGACCUGUGUUCAUUUUCCGUAAUGUCUGCUACAUAAGUUUAAACAAAUGGAGAUAUGAGUUUUAGGCCCUUCCCCAUAUUACCAGAGCUACUGUACUUUCUACCGCUAAUUGGUGCUCAUUUUAUAUAAUUUUUAUAAAACCAUCUCACGGGCUGUACUUGCUAGGCCGCUCGUUUUUGGUUUUUUACCUUUAGUUUAGUCAUGUUAUCUGCCUACCUAGCUAACAACAUCGGAUGGCACAGGAAGACAGAAAUGGGAUAGAUGGCCUACUGAAAGAGAUGCUUCAAAGGUAGGAUGCAUAUGCCUAGUCAUUGUAAUCCGAAGCUAAAUCUGAAUUUAAAAAAAAAAAGCAAUCUCUUUUUCUGGUGUUCCUUAUAUUCUGGUUUGGCGGGAGGCCUGUGGUAACACCAUACUACUCGUUAUCGUGAUGCUUGGCCUGAUAUCACAUCGUUAGUAUCUCUGAUUUUCUCAUUUUCUUGCGGUUAACACAGAUUUUUUUUGUCGCCUUUUUGGGCCCUCACCAGUUAGUAUCUCUGAUCUGAACCUCUUCUAGUAGUUAAGAGCAUCUCAACCAUGUCUUACCUUCAUAGCUAAUUCAAACAUUCCAUAAGAUACCAUUGAUUCCUGAUGGACCUGGUUUGACCUUUUAGUGUGCAGACCUUUGACCCCUGACCUCACCCUGACCCCUGCUGUGUUGUCACCUCUCCUGCAGGUCAGAAUGAGACGCCGGUGAUCGCCCUGCCUCUCCUUCUCAGGGCUGACUCCUGGGCCGAGCCUCUCUUCCAGCAGGCAUAUGAGUGGCAGUUUGAGUGCAUCUCGACAACCUGCCAGCAUGCCACCAACACCAAGUAUGCCAUCUUUAACUUGUUGAGCCAGUUUUCUGGACAUAGAUUUAACCUAGUCUUGGACUAAGAUAAUAAUAAUAAUAAUAUGCCAUUUAGCAGACGCUUUUAUCCAAUGCGACUUAGUCAUGUGUGCAUACAUUUGUACGUAUGGGUGCACUUUCAAUGGAGAAUCUCCAUCUCUCUAUCAGUGAUUUUAGUGAUCAAUAUCCUUAUUAGUCGUCAUCCUAGAAUAAUAAUAAUAAUAUGCCAUUUAGCAGACGCUUUUAUCCAAAGCGACUUACAUUCAUGCGUGCAUAAAUUUUUGUGUAUGGGUGGUCCCGGGGAUCGAACCCACUACCUUGGCGUUACAAGCGCCGUGCUCUACCAGCUGAGCUACAGAGGACCACAACUUCUUUAUUUUUCAUAAGAAGUCUCUGGUAGUCUCACUGCAAUACUGUAGGCUCUGUCAUAUGAACCUAAUGGUCAAUACUGUAGACUCUGUCAUAUGAACCUAAUGGUCAAUACUGUAGACUCUGUCAUAUGAACCUAAUGGUCAAUACUGUAGACUCUGUCAUAUGAACCUAAUGGUCAAUAUUGUAGACUCUGUCAUAUGAACCUAAUGGCCAAUCAGAGAGCAGAUAUAUCUGCCUCUUGUCCUCUGACCUUGCCUCCUCCUACCUACCUUCAGCAGUCCAGAUCCACUUGGUCCCUUGUCACAACAGUCAUCCUACAUAUCCAUCCUGAAGGCACACAAUGCUGGCUGGGAUAGGCAUAAAAAAAUAGAGGGAGGGAGAGAGGAGGGAGAGAUGAGAGAGGGAAGGAGAGAUGAGAGAGGAGGGAGGGAGGGAGGGAAUGAGAGAGGGAGAGUGAGGGGGAAUAGGGAGGGAAUGAGAGGGAGUGAGAGAUUAGCGUUCUCGGGUUAUGUGGCUUCGCCUACGGAUUGCCCUCCUCCGCUUGGUGAUUCGAGAUGCGCGCGGAGUGAUGUCCUGCGGGGUGAGUCCUUAUCGGCGCGCGUGGCGAGAUGGGGAGGGAAUGAGAGAGGAGGGAGGGAAAGAAGUGAAGUGAAUAUAUCAAUAUGACUGUACUGCUGGAGGAGCGCCCAGUCUUCUGCCCUGAAAAUGUCUUUAAAGAGGAACAGUAAAAAUCGAUUUAGAAAAUGAGUCAUGAAUUAAAUCAAACGUUUACUCAUCUAAUUCCUUCCUCUAGUUUUGGGAUUGGUCGUAUUGCGGCUCUGAGAAACUAGUACCAAUGUUCCAAUAAAGACAGUUAUCGGGCAACAUUUUCUCCGUGCAAAGAGCAAAAAAUAUGACUUAAUAGUCUAUAACUAUUUUUGGUCCAGUAGCUAUGUAGAAUUAUAGCAGCAAAUGAACUCGAAUUUAUUUUUAUUUUUUAAAUCAUUUAGCAGACGCUCUUAUCCAGAGCGACUUACAGGAGCAAUUAGGGUUAAAUGCCUUGCUCAAGGGCACAUCGACAGAUUUUUUCACCUAGUCGGCUCGGGGAUUAGAACCAGCGACCUUUCGGUUACUGGCACAACGCUCUUAACCACUAAGCUACCUGCCGCCCUGUUUAAACUGUGCUGUCAAGAGGGGGGCCGCUAAAAUGUUUUGCUCACAAGGUGUGUGUGUCGGGGGGGGUACGAGCCACUGCGACCCCUCAUGAUGAUUUUUUUUGUGGCCCACACCCCCAUCAAAGUUGCCCCGCUAGACCAGCUGUCUCUGUUGAACUGGUCUUCUGAAUGGUAACGACAAGGAGGUUGACAGAAUGGCAGAGAAACUGACUGACUCAACGAGACCAGAGGUUGUGUGUUAGUGGUGCGCGGCUGUUUGUUCACCCAAUGGCUAAUAACACAUCCACAAACACCCGACUGUGAUCCAGUGAAAAUCUGAGGCUCUCACCCGACCCUAAAAACAAAACAAAAAUCCUUGUCAAUCUACACGCAAAACCCCAUAAUGACAAAGCAAAAACAAGUUUUUAAAAUGUUUUUCACCUUUAUUAAAAAUAAAAAAAUACAUCACAUUAAAGUAAUUCACCUAAUGAUAUUUUGAAGGAAGAAACAAAGUAUUUUAAGCAUAUGUUUUCUUUUCAGUCGCCUCCAUCUCCUCUAACUGAAGCUAAUUGUAGAGAUUUUUUUCCUAUUGAUAAUGUCAAAUUAACAGCCACACAGAAAGACUCAUGUGAAGGUGAAAUUACAGAGGAGGAACUUCUGGAUGCAAUUAAAGACUUUAAGUCCGGGAAAACUCCAGGGUUGGAUGGCAUACCAAUCGAGGUAUACCAAACCUUUUUUUAUAUACUAAGAGGACCGUUAUUAGCAUGUUUUAACCACUCCUAUGUAAAUGGUAGAUUAUCUGACACUCAAGAAGAAGGUCUGAUCUCAUUAUUACUGAAACAGGAUACAAGUGGAAAAUAUAAAGAUCCAGUCCAUUUACAAAAUUGGAGGCCCCUUACACUUCAGUGUUGUGAUGCAAAAAUCCUAGCAAAAUGUAUAGCGCAUAGAAUUAAAAAGGUAUUGUCGGAUAUUAUUCAUUCUAAUCAGACAGGUUUUUUACAUGGAAGAUACAUUGGAGAUAAUAUAAGGCAAGUAUUGGAAACAAUAGAACACUAUGGAAAAUAUGGGAAACCAGGCCUGCUAUUCAUAGCAGACUUCGAAAAGGCAUUUGAUAAAGUUCGACUGGAAUUUAUAUAUAAAUGCCUGGAGCAUUUCAAUUUUGGAGAAUCUCUUAUAAAAUGGGUCAAAAUCAUGUAUAGUAACCCUAGGUGUAAAAUAGUAAAUAAUGGCUAUUUCUCAGAAAGUUUCAAACUGUCAAGAGGAGUGAAACAAGGUUGUCCACUAUCGGCAUAUCUAUUUAUUGUGGCCAUCGAGAUGUUAGCUAUUAAAAUCAGAUCCAAUAAUAAUAUCAGAGGAUUAGAAAUACAGGGCUUAAAAACAAAGGUGUCAUUGUACGCAGAUGAUUCAUGUUUUCUUUUAGAUCCACAACUAGAAUCCCUCCACAGCCUCAUAGAGGAUCUAGAUACAUUUUCUAACCUCUCUGGAUUAAAACCAAAUUAUGACAAAUGUACUAUAUUACGUAUUGGAUCACUAAAAAAUACAAUUUUUACAUUACCAUGUAGUUUACCAAUAAAAUGGUCUGAUGGUGAUGUGGAUAUACUCGGAAUACAUAUCCCAAAGGAAAUAAAUGAUCUCACUUCAAUAAAUUUUAAUAGAAAGUUAGCAAAAAUAGAUAAGAUCUUACUACCAUGGAAAGGAAAAUACCUGUCAAUUUGUGGGAAAAUCACCCUGAUUAACUCUUUAGUAUUAUCCCAGUUUACCUAUUUGCUUAUGGUCUUGCCUACGCCUAGCAAACAGUUUUUUAAAUUAUAUGAGAAAAAAAUAUUCAAUUUUAUUUGGAACGGCAAGCCAGACAAAAUUAAAAGAGCAUAUUUAUAUAAUGAAUAUGAAUUCGGAGGACAGAAAUUAUUAAAUAUUAAAGCAUUAGACCUAUCACUAAAAUCUUCAGUCAUCCAAAAGUUAUACUUAAAUCCGAACUGGUUCUCAAGCAAAUUAGUAAGAUUGUCUCACCCACUGUUCAAGAAAGGCCUUUUUCCCUUUAUUCAGAUUACAACCUCUCACUUUCAGUUAUUUGAAAAGGAAAUAAUCUCCCAAAUGUCACUAUUUCUAAAACAAGCCAUAGAAAGUUGGUUGCAAUUUCAAUUUAAUCCUCCAGAAACGACAGAACAAAUAAUGCAACAAAUAUUGUGGUUAAAUUCAAAUAUACUAAUUGACAAAAAAACUUUAUUUUUUGACAGAAUGUUUAAAAAAGGUAUAAUCUUCGUAAAUGAUAUCAUCGGUAGGACUGGUGGAGUUAUGUCGCACAUGCAGCUAACAAAAACAUAUGGAAAUGUCUGCUCUACCCAAAAUUACAACCAAAUAAUUGCAGCCUUACCGCAAAAGUGGAAGAGGAAAGUUGAAGGGGGAGAAAGUAAGGAACUUGUCUGUCGGCCUUGCAUUAAAGAACAUAAUUGGUUAAGGAAAACUGUGAUAAAUAAAAAAGUAUAUCAGUUUCACUUAAGGACCAAAGGAUUGACAGCCGUCCCAUAUAGAUUGCACAAUAGUUGGGAAGAGAUCUUUGACGUACCGAUCCCAUGGCAUAGUGUUUAUGAACUGACACGCAAAACGACACCGGAUUCAAAAAUUAGAAUCUUUCAAUUUAAAUUAUUAUAUAAAAUUCUUGCUACCAAUAGAAUGUUAUUUAUAUGGGGGAUACAAUCUUCCCAGCUCUGCAGAUUUUGCUGUGAAGAGAUAGAAUCAUUAGAUCAUUUGUUUUGGUUCUGUCCAUUUGUAGCUUGUUUUUGGACACAGGUCCAGGAAUGGCUAAAGGAUUGCAAUAUUUACCUGGAACUAACCUUGCAGAUAGCAUUACUGGGUGAUCUGAAAAGUCAUAGUCAAUCAAUCAAUAAUAUAAUAAUACUUUUAGCAAAAAUGUUUAUUUUUAAUUCACAAUCUGUAGAAGCAAUGAGAAUAGAAAGGUUCAGAACUUUUGUAAAACAUCACAGUAUGGUUGAAAUAUAUAUGGCAAAUAGAAAUCCUAUAUGGAUGGUGUUAAGAGAUAGAUGGGAGGUAUUGAAUAGAGUUGAAGGAUGGGACUAAUAACAAAUAACAACAAAUAAUAACAAAGAUAGCUAAUAAUGUAAGCAUACUGUGUCCAUAAUAAGUAUAUAGGUUGUAUGUUGGGAGCUUUUGGGAAAGAGCACAGUUAGAAAUAUAUGGCAUUUAGAAGCAAACCGGAUGGACAUCAUGAAAAUGAUCGGAGAGGUUGAGAGUAGAAGAAGUUCAGGAGCAAAAAAAUAAAUAAAUAUAUAUAUAUAUAUAUAUAUAUAUAUAUAUAUAGAUAUAGAUAUAGAAUUAUUGUAAAAUUAACUCUGUCCAUAAGGUGUAGAUAGUAAGUAUAGACCGGAAGUAGAGGCCUGGGCGUUGUUGUUCACUAAUUUACUCCAAGUAGGGAAAGGAUGGUGGGGUUGAAAAGUAAUAAAGGGGAAUAUAUAUAUAAAAAAUAAAAAAAACAUGGGGGAUUGGAAGUGAUGCAGAUAAUUACAUUAAUAGAAGAUACAAUCUAUCUGCAAUAUUAAGCUGAUCCAUCCCCCCGAAGAAAAAAAAAAAAAAAAAAAAAACUAAAGUAUUCAGACCCUUUACUCAGUACUUUGUUGAAGCACCUUUGGCAGCGAUUACAGCCUUGAGUCUUCUUGGGUAUGACGCUAUAAGGUUGGCACACCUGUAUUUGGGGAGCUUCUCCCAUUCUUCUCUCAAGCUCUGUCAGGUUGGAUGGGGAGCGUCGCUGCACAGCUAUUUUCAGGUCUCUCUAGAGAUGUUCGGCCUCUGGCUGGGCCACUCAAGGACAUUCAGAGACUUGUCCCGAAACCACUCCUGUGUUGUCUUGGCUGUGUGCUUAGGGUCGUUGUCCUGUUGGAAGGUGAACCUUUGCCCCCAGUCUGAGGUCCUGAGCGCUCUGGAGCAGGUUUUCAUCAACAAUCUCUCUGUACUUUGCUCCGUUCAUCUUUCCCUCGAUCCUGACUAGUUUCCCAGUCCCUGCCACUGAAAAACAUCCCCACAGCAUGAUGCUGCCACCACCAUGCUUCACCGUAGGGAUGGUGCCAAGUUUCCUCCAGACGUGACGCUUGGCAUUCAGGCCAUAGAGUUCAAUCUUAGUUUCAUCAGACCAGAGAAUCUUGUUUCUCAUGGUCUGAGAGUCCUUUAAGUGCCUUUUGGCAAACUCCAAGUGGGCUGUCGUGUGCUUUUUACUGAGGAGUGGCUUCCGUCUGGCCACUCUACCAUAAAGGCCUGAUUGGUGGAGUACUGCAGAGAUGGUUGUCCUUCUGGAAGAUUCUCCCAUCUCCACAGAGGAACUCUAAAGCUCUCAGUGACCAUCGGGUUCUUGGUCACCUCCCUGACCAAGGCCCUUCUCCCCGAUUGCUCAGUUUGGCCGGGCGGCCAGCUCUAGGAAGAGUCUUGGUGGUUCCAAACUUCUUCCAUUUAAGAAUGAUAGAGGCCACUGUGUUCUGGGGACCUUCAAUGCUGCAGACAUUUUUUGGUACCCUUCCCCAAAUCUGUGCCUCGACACAAUCCUGUCUCGGAGCUUUACGGACAAUUCCUUUGACCUCAUGGCUUGGUUUUUGCGCUGACAUGCGCUGUCAACUGUGGGACCUUAUACAGACAGGUGUGUGCCUUUCCAAAUCAUGUCCAAUCAAAUGAAUUUACCACAGGAGGACUCCAAUCAAGUUGUAAAACAUCUCAAGGAUGAGCAUUGGAAACAGGAUGCACCUGAGCUCAAUUUCGAGUCUCAUAGCAAAGGGUCUGAAUACUUAUGUAAAUAAGGUAUUUCUGUAUUUUGUCUUUUAUACCAUUUGCAAAAAAAUCUAAAAAUCUGUUUUCUGUAUUGUGUGUAGAUCGAUGAGGGAAAAAUGAAUUUAAUCAAUUUUAGAAUAAGGCUGUAACAUAACGUGGAAAACGUCCAGGGGUCUGAAUACUUUCCGAAUGCACUGUAUAGUACUCUAAAUACCCCAAUUCAUGUUGAUAAGUUCAAAAGAAUACAAGAUGAAAAAUUGCUGCCACCAUUCAAACCAAUGAGGGUUCAGAACUUUAAAGCCAAUUAUCUUAGAAUCAUAUUUUUUGUAGAUAGUUCCAAGCUCUCGAUUUAUUACAUUUACGUCAUUUAGCAGACGCUCUUAUCCAGAGCGACUUACAAAUUGGUUCAUUCACCCUAUGGCCAGUGGGAUAACCACUUUACAAUUAUUAUUUAUUUUUAUUAAUUUUUUGUGGGGGGGGGUAGAAGGAUUACUUUAUCCUAUCCCAGGUAUUCCUUAAAGAGGUGGGGUUUCAAAUGUCUCCGGAAGGUGGUGAGUGACUCCGCUGUCCUGGCGUCGUGAGGGAGCUUGUUCCACCAUUGGGGUGCCAGAGCAGCGAACAGUUUUGACUGGGCUGAGCGGGAACUGUGCUUCCGCAGAGGUAGGGGAGCCAGCAGGCCAGAGGUGGAUGAACGCAAUGCCCUCGUUUGGGUGUAGGGUCUGAUCAGAGCCUGAAGGUACGGAGGUGCUGUUCCCCUCACAGCUCCGUAGGCAAGCACCAUGGUCUUGUAACAGAUGCGAGCUUCAACUGGAAGCCAGUGGAGUGUGCGGAGGAGCGGGGUGACGUGAGAGAACUUGGGAAGGUUGAACACCAGACGGGCUGCGGCAUUCUGGAUGAGUUGUAGGGGUUUAAUGGCACAGGCAGGGAGCCCAGCCAACAGCGAGUUGCAGUAAUCCAGACGGGAGAUGACAAGUGCCUGGAUUAGGACCUGUGCCGCUUCCUGUGUAAGGCAGGGUCGUACUCUCCGAAUGUAUUAGUCAAUUGACUAUAAUUGGAUACAUGCAGCUUCUCUUCUGUUAUUACAUGUCGCCCUUGAAGACUAAAUAAACCCUUGCUCACCAGAAUAAUGUCAUAAAUCGAUAGAAUGAAUGCUUCAGUCUCGUUGACAUCGGUUAUUUCUGCUUCAAACACGUUUAGGCACCGGGGAGAAAAAUACAUUAACUCCCCAAAAAAAACUGGGGAAGAUUUUCUGUGCAAAAUGUCCACAUGACAUCAGUUUGACCGGUUGUAAGGAAAUAUAAAGUUGUAAAAAAAAAAUUCCCAACAGGUUUUUGAUAAUAUUUCAGUUCAGCUUUGAUGUAUGUUUUAUGUGGUUGAAAUACUAAUCAUCAGCUUUUACGACGCUGAUAAAGACAGCAGCUCUACAGAUGUUCCCUAGCUGCGCAUUCGCAAUCUCUCAAGAUGCUGAAAUAAAUAAAUCAUAUUUCUCCACUUCUGUUCCUGAGUCAAAAUGUAGCCUACAUUUGGUGUAUAAUUUUACUGCAAGAAAUGCUUAAUUCUGCAGGAGUUAAUAUUACGGCUAUGUGAGAGGCUAUAGACCUACAGUCGGUGUCCAGAUGUCAGUUUCCGUUUAACCCAUCUGAACAGUAGGCUACAGUUCCCUUGACGUGCCCAUAGGCCUAUUUCAAGUCCCGUCUUGUGACAGUCGAAUUUGUAUAGAGCCUCACAAUCAUCACACACAACGUAGCCGGCACUGCUAUCAUCCUGUUUUACCACUGCACCAAAUCUUUCCCAAACAUGACUUUUUUCUGGUCCUCCCUUCUCUUUAUUUUAAACUUUUUUCUUCUUAUUGAAUUAAACUCCAACACUGUCCCUUUUUUUGCCACCAUGGAACAACGUUAACUUUUUCCUGCCCCGUUCCCAAAAUAAUUUGGCGGUUGGCGUGCAGGCUAUUUGCGGCGUUCAGUUACGCCUUAAAGCUCAGGCUUAGGCACUAAAUGCCAGAUAGCCUGAAAUAAUGAAAGAUACACUUCAAUGUAGACUAUGGAUAUAAAUCGCACAAGAAUGAAACAUUUAUCACUUACCUUCAUCCGCAUAAUAUUUCAUAACCCCUAAACCCUCCCGCCUCGUGGAUAUAACCGCAGUUUAUGACCCCUAAACCCUCCCGCCUCGUGGAUAUAACCGCAGUUUAUGACCCCUAAACCCUCCCGCCUCGCGGAUAUAACCGCAGUUUAGGAGUCAACUCACGCAUCACUAACACACGCGCGCACAGGGUAACAGAUAUGGACGGUGUACAGAUAUAGGGAAUAUAGCCUAUAGAUAUAAAUCGCACAAUAAUUAUACUUUUAAGGGAUUGUUUUCUCUUUAUUAGUAUUUAUUCAAGCCCUUCUUCCACACGAUAUUGAAUGACCCUAAACCUGCCCGCCCUGCGUAUAUAACUGCGGGUGCUGCGCGUGUCUGUCUGCGUUUCUUCAUCUGAAUGCUAACGAUGAAAUUGAUUUUUCUUUCAGAUGUAAGAAGACCCUCACCACUUUCACCAAGGUGGUUUCUGAUUGGCACCCUCUCAAUGCUGCCAACCAAUCACGCUGCAGCAAGUGUAAUAAGAGGAAGCAGACCAGGAUGUUGGUGCUGGAGAGGUGAGUGCGUGAACUUUUAACCUUUUUAAUACCUGGUGUGGAUCUCAACCAGGGGUUGGGGUCAAUUCCGUUUUCAAUUCAGGAAGUGAAUGAAAUUACAAUUCUAUUUCCAAAUUGAAAAGUCCUUAUAGAAAACAAUGGGCAACUUUCAAUUCAGUGGAGGAGGAGAAUUCAAUUGACCCUGACCUUAACAGUCAAGUGGAUUCCUUUCAGGAGCUUCCCAGGACUUUGUCUUUACCUAUUCAGUCAGUGGAGAUGGAGGAGAGGAGAUGAGGAGAUGGAGGAGAUGGAGGAGAGGAGAUGAGGAGAGGAGAUGAGGAGAUGGAGGAGAUGAGGAGAUGGGAGAGGAGAUGAGGAGAGGAGAUGAGGAGAUGGAAGAGGAGAGGAGUGCCAUGUUGUAGAUAUUGUCUCGACUUUCUCUACUUCUGUUUCCUGACAUUUCCUCUGUCGUCUCUUCCAGGCUGUCUCCUGUGUUUGUGCUGCACUUUGUAGAAGGUCUCCCUGACAAUGACCUCAGUGUGUACUCCUUCACCUUCCAGCAGCAGAGAUACUCCGUCACCACCGUCCUACAGUAUGACCAGCAACUCAAGCACUUUGUCACCUGGAUACGCAGACCUGACGGUCAGUUGGACUUUUAAUUGAGUUGGUGUCUGUUUCAACUAAAUUCAGUAGAACUUUAUUUGUCCCCUCGGCCGAUUCCGACUGUGUUGUUGUUGUUUACUGGUCAAUUAGUUAAUUUGUGUUAUUUUAUUCAUACUUCCAUUAUCAAUGGAUAGAAUCAGAUCUAGAUUUCAUAACUGAAAAGUCUGUCUGUCCAAUAAUGUGUAGCAUUUAUAAAGUGCCAAUCGGUCGGUGUCUUUACGUUGUUUUGGUGGAACUCUAUCAAAGCGAAGACACCAGAAAUACCUUCAAGGAUUCAGCACCUUCCUACUAUUAAGGAAUGAUCUGAGAGUGAGCAUGUUAUCUGUUCUUCUGUGACUAGUAACACUCCCCAUCCACCACCAGUGUAUAGAGCCCAUUCCUCUGUGACUAGUAACUCUCCCCAUCCACCGCCAGUGUAUAGAGCCCAUUCCUCUGUGACUAGUAACUCUCCCCAUCCACCGCCAGUGUAUAGAGCCCAUUCCUCUGUGACUAGUAAUUCUCCCCAUCCACCGCCAGGGUAUAGAGCCCAUUCCUCUGUGACUAGUAAUUCUCCCCAUCCACCGCCAGUGUAUAGAGCCCAUUCCUCUGUGACUAGUAACUCUCCCCAUCCACCGCCAGUGUAUAGAGCCCAUUCCUCUGUGACUAGUAACACUCCCCAUCCACCACUAGUGUAUAGAACCCAUUCCUCUGUGACUAGUAAUUCUCCCCAUCCACCGCCAGUGUAUAGAGCCCAUUCCUCUGUGACUAGUAACUCUCCCCAUCCACCGCCAGUGUAUAGAGCCCAUUCCUCUGUGACUAGUAAUUCUCCCCAUCCACCGCCAGUGUAUAGAGCCCAUUCCUCUGUGACUAGUAACUCUCCCCAUCCACCGCCAGUGUAUAGAGCCCAUUCCUCUGUGACUAGUAAUUAUCCCCAUCCACCGCCAGUGUAUAGAACCCAUUCCUCUGUGACUAGUAAUUCUCCCCAUCCACCGCCAGUGUAUAGAACCCAUUCCUCUGUGACUAGUAACUCUCCCCAUCCACCACCAGUGUAUAGAGCCCAUUCCUCUGUGACUAGUAACUCUCCCCAUCCACCGCCAGUGUAUAGAACCCAUUCCUCUGUGACUAGUAAUUCUCCCCAUCCACCGCCAGUGUAUAGAGCCCAUUCCUCUGUGACUAGUAACACUCCCCAUCCACCACUAGUGUAUAGAACCCAUUCCUCUGUGACUAGUAAUUCUCCCCAUCCACCGCCAGUGUAUAGAGCCCAUUCCUCUGUGACUAGUAACUCUCCCCAUCCACCGCCAGUGUAUAGAGCCCAUUCCUCUGUGACUAGUAAAUCUCCCCAUCCACCGCCAGUGUAUAGAGCCCAUUCCUCUGUGACUAGUAACUCUCCCCAUCCACCGCCAGUGUAUAGAGCCCAUUCCUCUGUGACUAGUAAUUAUCCCCAUCCACCGCCAGUGUAUAGAACCCAUUCCUCUGUGACUAGUAAUUCUCCCCAUCCACCGCCAGUGUAUAGAACCCAUUCCUCUGUGACUAGUAACUCUCCCCAUCCACCACCAGUGUAUAGAGCCCAUUCCUCUGUGACUAGUAACUCUCCCCAUCCACCGCCAGUGUAUAGAACCCAUUCCUCUGUGACUAGUAAUUCUCCCCAUCCACCGCCAGUGUAUAGAGCCCAUUCCUCUGUGACUAGUAACUCUCCCCAUCCACCGCCAGUGUAUAGAGCCCAUUCCUCUGUGACUAGUAACUCCCCAUCCACCGCCAGUGUAUAGAGCCCAUUCUUCUGUGACUAGUAAUUCUCCCCAUCCACCACCAGUGUAUAGAACCCAUUCCUCUGUGACUAGUAAUUCUCCCCAACCACCACCAGUGUAUAGAACCCAUUCCUCUGUGACUAGUAACUCUCCCCAUCCACCGCCAGUGUAUAGAGCCCAUUCCUCUGUGACUAGUAAUUCUCCCCAUCCACCGCCAGUGUAUAGAACCCAUUCCUCUGUGACUAGUAAUUCUCCCCAUCCACCGCCAGUGUAUAGAGCCCAUUCCUCUGUGACUAGUAACUCUCCCCAUCCACCGCCAGUGUAUAGAGCCCAUUCCUCUGUGACUAGUAAUUCUCCCCAUCCACCGCCAGUGUAUAGAACCCAUUCCUCUGUGACUAGUAAUUCUCCCCAUCCACCGCCAGUGUAUAGAGCCCAUUCCUCUGUGACUAGUAACUCUCCCCAUCCACCGCCAGUGUAUAGAGCCCAUUCCUCUGUGACUAGUAACUCUCCCCAUCCACCGCCAGUGUAUAGAGCCCAUUCCUCUGUGACUAGUAAUUCUCCCCAUCCACCGCCAGUGUAUAGAGCCCAUUCCUCUGUGACUAGUAACUCUCCCCAUCCACCGCCAGUGUAUAGAGCCCAUUCCUCUGUGACUAGUAAUUAUCCCCAUCCACCGCCAGUGUAUAGAGCCCAUUCCUCUGUGACUAGUAAUUAUCCCCAUCCACCGCCAGUGUAUAGAGCCCAUUCCUCUGUGACUAGUAAUUCUCCCCAUCCACCGCCAGUGUAUAGAGCCCAUUCCUCUGUGACUAGUAAUUAUCCCCAUCCACCGCCAGUGUAUAGAGCCCAUUCCUCUGUGACUAGUAAUUAUCCCCAUCCACCGCCAGUGUAUAGAGCCCAUUCCUCUGUGACUAGUAACUCUCCCCAUCCACCGCCAGUGUAUAGAACCCAUUCCUAACGCUUUCUUCUCUCUCUCCACAGGAUCAUGGUUAGAGUUUGAUGACCUGAAGCACCCAGACUGUGUCUCCCACACCAAGCUGGUGGUCCCUCCUCGAGAGAUCCAUGUUGUCUUCUGGGAGUUGGAGACAGACGGACCUGACAACCCACAGACACCCUGCUCUUCUCAACCUGAAACGCUGACGAGCACUUCCUUGAUGCAGAAAGAACUGAAGCAACCUCACUUAGCCAAGCUAUUUGUCGUAAAUGAAUCUCUAGACCUUUCUCAGACGGUCUCUGAUGAUGCGGUCACUGAUAUGGACACCACCAUAACUGCUGGCGAUAUAGAUAACAAUAUGGACACAACAUUAACGGAUGACAUAUACUCUCCCAUCACCAUUGGUUCCUCCUCCGUCAUUGUUGAGGCGCUGACGGCGUCUGACGGUACCAACAAAGACACCACGGUAACAGUCGGUAACGUUGGUAACGCGUCCAGCGUUUCUGCCACGCUGCUCGACAACUUCGAAGGCCUCUCCCACGAUGACAUCGUCACCCUGACUCUCUUAGAGGUUAAAAUUGACUCUGAGGGCAGGCCGUUGGACGACAUCACCCCAGCGUCCGAACGAAAAGGACCAGACCUCUGCUUUCUCCCUGCUCCUAGAUCUGAGACCGAGACUCCCCCACUUGCCGAUGAAAUUACCCGAUCUACCCAUGAAAUACCCACUGAAUCUGAAACGCCCCUUGAAACCGAUGAUGAUGAUGAUGAUGAUGAGGAGAUGGAAAGACCAACGUCCCCGGACACGGCCAGUGAGUUUCUCCCUGACAGCAGUGACGGUCCUUCUGAGCUCGACUCUGAAGAACUCACUCCUAGUCCUCUCAAGGUCAGGAGGGGCAGCAAUAGACGGAAGAUGGCGUCCAACACUCCAGUUGCUGCAGCAGCUAAGGUGGUCACACCAACAUCAACACCAAGAACAGCUACACCAAUGGCACUUCCUGGAAACUGUGGUGAUAUAAUCCUGCCCUCAGUUGUGUCUAUGAUGUCACCAUCAUAUGUGGAACCCAGCACACCAGCACCAGAGUUCCCUCCCUCUCCCCCGCCCCCGCCCCACCCCAAAACCCCCAAUACCUCCACCUCUCUGCAGAGCAAACCUGGCCUCCCUCCGCCACCGGACCCCAACUCCCACUGGUCGUACCUGCUCAGCCGCCACCCCACCUCUACCUCGACCCCCAGCACGCAGAGACCACCCAGUCAAUUCAACCACGUCAACCACUCAACACCCAACUGGUUACAGCCGCUUUCACAGAGCGGGCAGACCCCCAGGAUGGCUCCCCCAAACCCAGACGCCAGGCUGAAGAAGCCUCCGCCUCUCCCCAAACCCAAACUGAGUAAGGAGGACAACGAGGCCCUGCCGGUGAAGGCUGCCGAGAUGUACGGAGGGUUCCAGGUCAGGAGCAGGAACGUAAAUACAAACAUAAACAAUGUCCCCUCCAAGACUUCACCUCCCACGCAGUUACUCUCUCAAAGAACUGACCCUCAAAAUGGCGUCUGGAAGACACAAAGUCAGCCUGGUGCCCUCGCCUCGCGAAAACCCCCUAUCGACAACAACACUACAGCAACGUAUCCUAAUGUGACCUCACUUCCUCCUUCUCCAGGAGUCACGGAGCUCCUUAAAAUCUCUUCCUCCGGGAAACACAGCCCCGGUGUCCAGGUCUCGAAGGUUCCGGCCGGCCUCAGUGAGACAGAGGCCCUCAGGUACAAGCUUCUGAAAAAGCUGAAAGCCAAGAAGAAGAAACUGGAGAAGCUGAAUCAGAUGUUGGGGUACCAGGGGGGUGCAGGAGGAGGAGGAGAGGAAGUGACCCGCAGACCAGACUGCACCGACCUUCGCUCCCCCUAUACUGUUAGCUCCAGUACCUCGGUCUACGACAGCCCCGCUUACGACGAGUUCUUCGCCGACCUUCUGUCACCCGCGACGACUGCCAGCAACCUAUCACCGGACAGCACGGGCUUCCUGGAGAUGCUGACCACCAAUGGGCAAGAAGGGGGCGGGAACUUGGCAUGUGGGGGGAAUGCGAUUGGUGGAGCCUCGCAGGUGGUGGCCCCUGCGACCUUACAACCGGCCAAUCACGGUGUAGUAAUGCCACUGCCUGGUCUGGAUGGGACAAUCACGACCUCUGGUGAGAACUUCUUGGAGGAGUUGAUAUCGGGGUCUGCCAAUCAGCAGAUGGAGACGGAAGCCCUCAGUGCUUUCGACCUGUUCUUUUAGGCUCGUUAACCACAGGUCUAGGAUCUGCUAACUCUUACAAACCCCUGAGCAUAAACAUCAGGGGGAAAUGCAAAGCUUAGCUCAGAUCAGUGGCUGUGGCUACAUCUCAAAUGGCUCCCUAUAUAGAGCGCCACUUUUUACCAGAGCCUCUGGUCAAUAUUAGAGAUUAAAUUAAAGGAUUCUGUCUAAUUCUUUGAGUAGUGCACUAUAGAAGGAGUAGAGGGCCAUUUUGGACGUUUCUAGGAGAAACUACAUGCUACUACUCCUUUCAGUCGUGUGUGUGUGUGUGUGUGUGUGUGUGUGUGUGUGUGUGUGUGUGUGUGUGUGUGUGUGCUUGGAAUCAAUGGGUUGUUCUGUUAUGGGUAGCAUGUUUUACACAGAGCUGAAUCUAACAGCUAG